GGAGCACAUCAAGAUGUCGACCACGACGGUUCCGGAGCUGAAGCAGAUCAGUCGGGAGGAAGCAAUGCGCUUGGGGCCCGGCUGGAGCCAUUCAUGCCACGCCAUGCUGUACGCUGCCAACCCCGGGCAACUUUUCGGCCGUAUCCCCAUGCGUUUCUCAGUACUGAUGCAGAUGCGCUUCGAUGGGCUGCUGGGCUUUCCCGGGGGUUUCGUGGACCGCCGCUUCUGGUCACUGGAGGAUGGCUUGAACCGGGUCCUGGGUCUGGGCCUGGGCGGCCUACGCCUUACUGAAGCUGACUACCUGAGUUCACACCUGACUGAGGGUCCACACCGUGUGGUGGCACACCUGUACGCACGGCAGCUGACGCUGGAACAGCUGCAUGCUGUGGAGAUCAGCGCUGUGCACUCGCGGGACCACGGUUUGGAGGUCCUGGGCCUUGUACGUGUCCCACUGUACACACAGAAGGAUCGAGUAGGAGGCUUCCCUAACUUUCUGAGCAACGCCUUCGUCAGCACUGCCAAAUAUCAGCUCCUAUUUGCCCUUAAGGUACUCAACAUGAUGCCCUCGGAAAAGCUGGCCGAGGCCUUGGCCUCAGCCACGGAGAAGCAGAAGAAGGCCCUAGAGAAGCUGCUCCCGGCCUCAUCCUGAGGUGGUUCCUGUGCAGGUCCCUGCCCUCCCUUGGCUGUCUCUGCCCACAGGCCCUGGAAUUCCCGAGAAGCGUGCCUUCUAGUGUGUUUGGUUUUGCAUCCCUUCUACUGCAAGGGACAAGCAGGCAGCUGUUCAUCAUUGUUGUCCCAAGCAGUCCCUGGGACCCAGCCACCCUCUCUCAGGUUGGUCAGUGGGCUGGGCCUGGGCCCGGGCCCAGCUUUUCAAGCUGAAGAUGUUCUUCUCACCCAUCCCAGGGCUCAAACUGUGCCGUGAGUCUGUUCAUGACUGGUGGAGCCCCAGCUAGAGCCAUUCUUCCCAGGCAACCACUCGGAUGGUACCCAGAUCCUGGACUGGUUGUGGGUUUUGUUCAGUAGAGAGGACCCAUAUUAGAUCAGCCCUUCCUUCCCUUAGCCCAGAACCCGGUCCAGCUUGGGGUAGGAUGAUGCUUGGGUGGUUGUUGGAUUUCUGUUGGGUUUUUUUCCUUGGUGUAUGAACUGUGGGUUGGUUUCAGAAUGGCUGUGCCCCAUAUGGCUUUGUUUUCCCCAUGAGGGCUUUGACUUGGCUCUGUGAAACUGAGGAAGAAAGAAGACAAUAAAGCCAUUCCUCUGAUGCUCA